AUGGUCCUCCAGCUUAAGGCCCUCUGGCCAAUAAGUACGUUUGUUGUUCCUGUCUCCACAGCCAGCCACUCAGACGAGGGCUCGGACGUGGACUCGGAGCCGGGCCUGCCCCUGAAGAGGAAGCAGCGGCGCAGUCGCACCACCUUCACAGCCGAGCAGCUGGAGGAGCUUGAGAGAGCCUUCGAGAGGACGCACUAUCCCGACAUCUACACCCGGGAGGAGCUGGCCCAGAGGGCCAAGCUCACCGAGGCCAGAGUACAGGUGUGGUUCAGCAACAGGCGAGCUCGAUGGAGGAAGCAGGCAGGAGCCAAUCAGCUGAUGGCAUUCAAUCACCUGAUCCCCGGCGGUUUCCCGCCCUCUGCCAUGUCCAGCCUCCAGCCCUACCAGCUGUCUGACAGCCCUUACCCCCCCACCUCCAUCUCCCAAGUUCCCGAGCAGCCGGGCACGGUCCACAGACCCCAGCCUCUCCCCCCCACCUCAGUGCACCAGACUGGGCUGGGCUCGUCAGCGGGGGCCCAGGAUGGGGCCUCCACCUACUGCCUCUCCUCUGGGCGCCACGGCUUCUCCAGCUACUCUGACAGCUUUGGACCCACUCCGGCCCACGCCAACCAGGUCAACCCCUCCAUCAGCAAUGGGCUCUCGCCACAGGUCAUGGGACUGUUGAACCCGGGCGGCGUCCCUCACCAGCCCCAGAGUGACUUCGCCCUCUCCCCCCUGACAGGAGGCCUGGAACCCGGGGUCGGCAUGGCGGCCAGCUGCCACGGUUCCCAGCGUCUGGAGGCUCUGCCAGGCCUGACCAGCACCCAGUCCUACUGCCCACCCACCUACAGCUCUCCAGCCUACGCCGUGGACCACCACCCCUCCUACCAGUACAGCCAGUACGGCCAGAGCAAGAUGCCUUUCCUUAUCUAAAGCACCAACUCUGCUCUGGAGGACAACUUCUGUGACCCGACCUGACAGUCAGCCUCAGAGCACACACACACACACACACCCUCUCUCUCCUCUCAGUCCCCCGUCCACACUGGCCCUGGU